AACACAAAAUUGUAAUAAAAAACAACAAUAAAAAAUACGUAAACCAAGCCUAACAGCAAGUGCAUAUACAAAUUUUACAACAAAACUUUUGCAAUAUCAGCGAUCAACGUCAAGAGCAAUAAAAAAAUAACUAAAAACAAAAUAAGAAUUAAAAACAAAAAUUCAAAAAAAGGCGCUGCCACCAACUCUCUGCCAACCAGCGAGCCAUUAAGCGCCUGAGGCCCAUACAACUCCUCAGAGAGUUUCACGCCACGGCAAGUGUGUUAAUAAGAUCAGCGCAUUUUGAACGCAAACACAUUGCCUAAAGGGAAUAUUUGGCUUGUUGCUGAUAAACGUUUUGGAUUAAUUAAUCUAAAGUGUUUUUGAGAUUCAACGACAUAGCGCACAGCUCCAAAAUGUGGAGCCCACAAAAAGGUCCUACAAGAUUGUGGGACCUUAGGUUUAGUCAUAUAUUUAUUUUAAAUUUAAUGUUUAGUUUAGUCUUAGCUGGUAAUGAAUUGUGGCCCAUGGAGCGGCCGGAGGGAAUGCCAAACAUAGUCUCUUUAGAAGUGAUGUGCGGUAAGGAUCAUAUGGAUGUACAUUUGACAUUUUCCCAUCCAUUCGAGGGUAUCGUCAGCUCAAAAGGACAACACAGCGAUCCGCGUUGCGUUUAUGUGCCGCCAUCGACGGGCAAAACAUUCUUCUCGUUUCGGAUAUCAUAUUCACGCUGCGGCACAAAACCGGACUUGCAUGGACAAUUUUAUGAGAAUACGGUGGUUGUGCAAUAUGACAAAGAUUUACUUGAAGUUUGGGAUGAAGCGAAACGUUUGCGUUGCGAAUGGUUUAACGACUACGAGAAGACCGCAUCGAAACCACCAAUGGUUAUUGCCGAUUUGGAUGUAAUACAAUUGGAUUUCCGAGGCGAUAACGUUGACUGUUGGAUGGAGAUACAACAUGGCAAAGGUCCAUGGGCGCCACCGGUUAGCGGCAUUGUGCCAUUGGGUUCGACACUGACGCUUGUGGUGGCCAUCAAUGAUUAUAGAGGUGAAUUCGAUAUGCGUGUGAAGUCGUGCGUAGCUUCCGAUGGUUCCGGACAUGUUAUCAAUCUCUCGGAUGAAUUUGGUUGCGUUUUGCGUCCGAAAAUGAUUUCCCGCUUCUUGAAGGCACGUGCGCCCGAUGAGCGUGCCACAGUCAUCACCUACGCCUUCUUCCAUGCCUUCAAAUUCCCCGACGCACUGAGUGUGCAUAUUAAGUGUAAAGUGGAAAUUUGCCGACACGGUUGUCUCGAUCAUUGUCAACUCACUGGCAGUGUGAAUGAACGUAAGGAUGUGCUGAUGAACGAACCGAUGGGUAAUCACAAUGAACUCGGUCAAGACCUACUGGGCGGAUUGGGUGGCUUACAUGGUGGACAGCAACAGCAUCAGCAGCAUCAGCAGCAGCAGCAACCAGCGCUCGGUGGUAUGCCGAUGGGCGGUCUGGGUGGUGGUGGUGCUGGUGCCGGUAUGGGUGGCGCAGGCGUUGCUGGUGUGGGCGGUGAUGGCGCUGUGGAACAUGAUAUCUUCUACGAUGACAUUAUACACAAUCGCAAACAACUUUCGUCGAUCAACAGCGGCAUUGCGAAUAUUUUGGAUCAAUUUAAUAUGCAUGAAAAGAAUGCCAAUUUAUCGCCACGUCCCGUGCAUGAAGAACCAGAGGACUCAGAUCUCGACUCGCUAUUCGGUGAAGACGAACUGGCCGAUCUCGACGAGGCACAAUAUAUGGAAUUGAAGAAAAGUGGUAAAUUCCCGCAUGGACCACGUCACUUUGAGGCGCAAAAGCGUAUGGGUGUACCAAUGGCCGGACCACGUUCACUCGAACCGAAGACGAGUGAUGAUGCCGCAGUGCAUCCAGUGUAUAGACCGCAAGCUGAAGCAUUGAAACGCACACGUGAAGAUCACAUCGAUCUCGAUACACCUGAUGACGAUUUAAAACAAAAAACGAACAAAACCGCUGAUGCUGAUGAGCCAAUAAAGACAACGCGUCGCCGGCGACGUUCGAUCGUAAUAGCCGACCGUAAAGUACGUAGCGCUGAUGUUGGCGUUAGCGGUCUCUACGAUGUCAUCUCCGAAGCGGAUCUUGCCUUCUCACCCGACUCUAAGCAGGAAGCGGUCACCGUCUUUCAAGGCAAAAUCAGCGAAGAGGUGGUAUAUGGCAUUUGCAUGCCCGUGCCCGGUUUCAGCAUUCUCUUCAUUGUCGUCAUUUCGGCAACUAUUGUCUCCGCUUUGAUUGCCGGCUCGCUGCUCUAUCGUUAUCAAUUGCAAAAAGAGGCGCUCGAGAAGCAAACACCAAUGCCGGCGCCGGGCACGUUCGCCUCGUGGAUGACCUUGAGACUCUUCCGUAUGCGACAUAUGCAAGAACAACAGCAGCGGCAACAAAUCGGUGGCGCUGUAGCUGCAGCGAGUGCGGUCGCGCACGAGACGGUACAGUAGGCGGUAAGAGAUGCAGGCCUAGGAUGUGAAAUGCCGAAUUUUUUGGAAAUUCUCCUUUUUAGUUGUAGCAAAAUUUCUCCUUAAGCGCUAUGUGUCAACGACUGAAUGGACGCAUGAGAAAGUGAGAAGUUUGGAAAAAAUCGCAAAAUUAUUUUUUGAGUUUUAUUUAUUUAUUUAUUUGGUAUUUGUUAUUGUUUGAAUUUUUUUUACUUUUCUUCACUGGCAGGAGUUGGUAGGGAACAUUUUCGGGCAGCAAUGCAAUAGCAAAUUACUA